AUGGCAACUACCACUGAAGUGUUGAGCCACGUCCGCUCUUCCUCCACAACAUCUGUGGCUGCCUUGAUGUCCCCCAACACAACCGUCUCAUCUGUGGGUGCUUCCACCAUGGGCAAGCGUGUGCACCGCGAGGUGCGCUUUGGCGCUUACGUUCUCGGCUCCACCUUGGGCGAAGGCGAGUUCGGCAAAGUCAAAUUGGGCUGGCGCAAAGACGGCAAGCAUCCUUCCCAAGUAGCCAUCAAGUUGAUCAAGCGCGAUUCCAUCAUGAAAGACUCGGAGUCCGAGGUCAAGAUCCACCGUGAGAUCAACUCUUUGCGCUUGCUCAGCCACCCUAACAUUGUCAAUUUGGUCGAAGUGUUGAAGAGUGGAAAGUAUAUCGGCAUCGUUUUGGAGUAUGCCAGCGGUGGCGAGUUGUUCGACUACAUCUUGCAGCACAAGUAUUUGAAAGAGAAUGUGGCCAAGAAAUUAUUUGCCCAGCUCGUUUCGGGCGUCGAUUACAUGCAUCUGAAGGGCUUGAUCCAUCGCGACUUGAAGUUAGAGAACUUGUUGUUGGACAAGCACAAGAACAUCGUCAUCUCAGAUUUUGGCUUUGUCAAUUCUUACAAUCGCGACAGAAAUGACCUCAUGAAGACUUCCUGUGGCUCCCCUUGCUAUGCGGCUCCCGAAUUGGUCUUGACCCAGUCGCCAUACUCGGGCCGUAAAGUUGAUAUCUGGUCCUUGGGUGUUAUCUUAUACGCCAUGCUCUCUGGCUACCUUCCUUUUGAUGAUGACGCGGAGAAUGAGGAUAGCGCAGACAUUGUCAGAUUGUAUCAUUACAUUUGCAACACGCCCUUAACAUUCCCCGAAUACGUGUCACCUUUGGCUAGAGACUUGUUAAGAAAAAUCAUUGUUUCCGACCCAGAAAAGAGAAUUUGCAUGGAUGAGAUCAGAAACCAUCCUUGGUUGGCUCCUCACGCUAACUUGUUGUCCAUUAGACAACCUGAGUGGGACAGAAUCCACUCCGAGGACAAGGAGAGACUGAGAACUGCUCACUUGAUCAACCCUAACAAGCAGAAGAGAUUCUCAAUGUUCAAUGAGACAACAAGCUCCUCCACGUUGAUGUUGAGUUCCACAAAGAACCCACAUGGAAGGACAUACACGUCAAACUCGAACAUCAUAUAUUCGAAUCCAACCACCUCGUCAUCUCUUGCUAAUGUUGUUGCUUUGACCAAUUCUAACGAGCCCAACUUGGCCACCUCUGCAUCUUCCGUCACAAAUGGAUCUACUUCGACCUUGUCGUCUACUGUUUCUAACGCUGAGAGUGGCUCACCCUCAAAAUCUAGCCAGUUUGUUUUCCAGCGUGGUCAUUCGAAAUCCGCAUCCAUGUCUGGUAGCUAUUCUUCGGCUAGUCAUGCCCUCAAGGCUGUUGCCACUGAGCAUGAUAACCAGAGAAAGUCACUCCACGAAUCUGAUGUUCCAACUAAUAUCCCUAAUGCUCAUUACGGCCAUUUACCUAACGGCGGUUUGCCCCGCUCUUCAACAUACACUGGUACAAUAUCAACCAUUGUGGAAAGUCCAACAAAUGCUGAAUUUGACGUGUCCAAGCAGAAGGAAUGGCUCGAAAGGAAUACUCACUCGCCUGACUUGGCGAAGGAAGCAAGAUUGCCUCACUCACAGAAUAAACCAAGACCUACGUCGUAUCAUCCAGGGUCUAUGAGUUCAUCCUUAUUGACCAAUAACUCUGCAACAAUGUUGGAAUAUGUCAAGCUUUCUUCUCCUAAGAAUCUUGCAACACCUCAAUUCUUGUCUGGCUCCCCAACAAAGAGUACAUUGAGUGCUGAAUUGGUGGAUAGAGGACUUCUGGGAAGUCCCAUUCCUCAGAGUUCAGUGCCUGCUAGACGGGCCAAUUCUAGAAGAGACUCUGUGGUUACUGCUAUCAAUGUCAAUGGAGUGCUCACAAGCGAUUUGAGCAGUCAUGAAAACAAGAGAAACUCCGUAUUGAGUUAUUUGGAGGACAAAAUGGAUACUCUUGAUUUGACCGAGCUGCAAAGCCCAACCCGUCCCGCCUCUGAGUCUACAGCUGCAACACUGCCACCUCCAGCCCUCAAGCUCGAUACUGACCUCCCCCCUCCCAAGCAUGUCACGCCUCAGAUCAAUCAACUGCCUACGUUUGCUGUGCCAACAGAAUCUCCCAAGGAGAGAGAGAUUGUUAAGGAAUCGGGUGUUGUGAAAGAAAGAGAGGUUUCUAAAGAGAAAGAGAUAGUGAAGGAAAAGUUGCUUGAAGAUGACAAGGAAAAUAUCGAUAAGGAGAGAAUGACCCGGCCCACAGAAGUGACCUCCAGGGAGCGCAACAAGGAAAGCAAAGAGAUCAAGGAGGCCAAGAAGCGUAACAGAUUCAGCAUUUUGUCGUUCUACAGCAACUCAAAUGCCUCCUCGUCACUUGUUGACACAAACAGCGUCCACUCGUCAGGGAAGAAAGUUUUGGAACCUUCAAAUGAAGCCAACGUGUCCCACUCUGCGAAUGCCAAAGAGCAAAAGAGAGUCGGGUCAUCGUCCUCCAACAAGUCUGCGCAGAAUAGAAAGUCUAUCGCUGCUGGUUCAGUAAAUGGCACCUAUGUUAAUGGCAAGGAAGCCAGUGCUGCCCGGAAAGUAAUGAACUUCUUCAAGCGCAGAAGUAUUAGAAUUGGCUAG